CAACAAUUGUGUCUCGCCCUAUACUGCGACUGAAAAGGGCGACAUAUCCUGGCCAACCUCGCCGCAGCCCACCUUUAACACUCAUUUAGAAAGUCCCCAGACACGCGAAGCAUGGUUGUUUCGCGUGUUGCACAGCUGCAGAAACAUGGACGGAGACCCGGCCGUUGAGCCAGAGAUCGACUCUUUUAGUCGUGUGCUUCCAUUGCCCUACCGAGUGGCCAUCAUUGUCGUUCUUGGAAUUUGGGCAUGGGGUGUGAACUUGCAUUAUUUACAUUUGGUCAAAAUUGAUGUCCCUGCGUUGAUCAGAUAUCCUUCUCGACAAGGCCCCAAUAGCAUCCUACAUCACCACUCGACCUAUCGAUUAGCCACUAUCCUCUCGAUUCCACUCGCAGCGUCCCUGCUUCUCUUUUGGGCCAUCACGCGUGGUGACAAACAUGCUGUUCUCUCCUGGCAGAUCUUGCCGCAGUCAUACCUGUUUUUAAUUGUCCUGUGCUUCGUCCUCCCCGUCAAGCGCAUGUCGAGAUCCGGUCGGUUGCAUUUCUUGACCACCUUGAAGAGAAUUAGUGUGGGUGGACUGGCAGAGGUCCAAGAUGGCAAAUUUGGCGACAUCAUUCUCGCCGACGUUCUUACCAGUUAUGCCAAAGUCAUGGGCGACCUGUUUGUCUCGACAUGUAUGCUCUUCUCGAGGAAAACCGUCAGUACAGCAAAGCCGGAUCGAGGCUGUGGUGGUGUAUUUUUGGUGCCAUUUAUCAUUGCCAUCCCCAGCAUGAUCCGGUUGAGACAGUGUUUGAUUGAGUAUUCCCGGGUUCGGCGCAACAGGACGGCGACUUCGGGCUGGGGUGGUCAGCAUUUGGCCAACGCCUUGAAAUAUGCCACUGCGUUUCCGGUCAUCAUCUUGAGUGCAGUGCAGAGAGGGUACAAUCCUGAGACAUUUCAUAUGAGUGAGGCGGAACUGUUUAGACUAUGGCUAUUCUUCGUUAUGAUCAACUCCUUCUAUUCAUUCUACUGGGACGUGGCCAAGGAUUGGGACUUGACAUUACUGUCGUCGAGUUGGGAACGCAAUAACCCUGAACAUCCUUACGGGCUCCGGCGGCAUCGUUAUUUCCAUGCCCACCAAAUGUAUUAUACUGCGAUUGUGAUCGACUUGCUGCUAAGAUGUACGUGGAGUUUCAAACUGUCGGCACAUCUGGACCAUUUCAACGACCUAGAAGGCGGGAUUUUCUUGAUGGAGUUGUUGGAAGUCAUUCGACGAUGGAUGUGGAUUUUUUUCCGAGUCGAAACUGAAUGGGUCCGAAACAACCGUGGCCCGGCACCUGAUGACAUUUUGUUGGGUGAUUUCGCUGGAAAGAUAGAUGAUGAUUGAAUCAAGACAUUGUUUUUGCCUGGUGCCUGGUGCUGGAUAUCAUUGAUGAUGCGUGGCUAAUGGGUCUGGAUGUUGUGGAGACACUCCAGCAAAUUACGAGAUACUUUACGUCGUAGAUCAAGAUGUUAGAUGGAUCACCCGAGAGAGGUUGUGAUCCUGUGCAUCUACUAAAUUAUGACCAUGCGUGCGUAUCUGUCCUGGAUAGUUGUCAUAGCUGGGGGAGUGGCAUGAUACUUCGUGCGUGUCAGCCCCAUGGUUGUGCAUUGGACCCCUGAAAAGAUGAAUAGGACACUUAUGCAGGUACGCGAGAG